CCUUCUCCCCAGAGGUCUGAGAAGAGAGUGAAAAGGCGAUGGUUUCAGUUUCUGAGAACAGGAACUUGCAACUACUUCUUUCUGUUUCCUGAUACUAAAUGCAGGGGCACACCCACAGCUUAAAGAAACUAUUUUAUAGCUCUGUUCUGAUGUUUCAGUUGAUGUGAAAGUCUACAAGACAGACAGCCAGAUCUUUGAGGAGUCCUGUGUCCCUGAAAAGACUGAAAACAGCUUCCAGGUUCACAGCAGCGAUGGGGGAGAAUGCUGAGAAUCAACAGGUCAAGGACGGUCUGCUUCAGCUGAGAUGUCACUUCACAUGGAAGCUGCUAUUCGAGGACACUGACCUACCAGAUUUGGAAAGCAGGAUCUUUGAGGAGAUCAAGUUCUUAGACACCAAGUACUGUGUUGGGAUCCACAACCUCAUGGCCUAUGUGAAACACCUGACAGGCCAGCAUGAGGAAGCCCUGCAGAGUUUGAAAGAAGCCGAAGAUCUGAUCCACAGAGAACGUGCUGACCAGAGGGACAAGAGAAGCCUGGUGACCUGGGGCAACUAUGCCUGGGUGCAUUUCCACAUGGGCAGGUCGGAAGAAGCCCAGACCUACCUGGACAAGGUGGAGAACACAUGCAAGGAGCUGGGAAGUCCCUUCCGCUAUAGGAUGGAGUGUCCAGAGAUGGACUGUGAAGAAGGAUGGGCCAUGGUGAAGUGUGGAAUUCAGAAUUAUAAAAAUGCCAUGGCCUGCUUUGCGAAGGCUCUGCAAGUGGAGCCUGAAAACCCUGAAUUCUGCACUGGUUACGCCAUCGCAGCCUAUCGCCAAGAUUAUAAUAAUGAGAUUUCUCUAGAACCCCUAAGGAAGGCCGUCAGGUUAAAUCCAGAAGAUGCUUAUAUUAAAGUUCUCCUUGCCUUAAAGCUUCAGGAUCUAGGAGAAGAAGCUGAAGCAGAAACGUACCUUGAUGAAGCGCUUACCAGCGAAUCCUCCCAGCCUUAUGUCUUGCGCUAUGCAGCCAAAUAUUACCAAAACAAAGACUGUACAGAUAAAGCUCUUCUUCUUCUAAAAAGGGCCUUGAAGGAAUUACCCUCUUCUGCCUACCUGCAUUACCAAAUAGGGCUUUGCUAUAGAUCACAAAUCAUCCAAAUAAAGAAAGGUACCAACAAACCUAGUAGGCAGGAUGAAGUGGAGAGAUUGGUACAAAAGGCUAAGUAUGAAUUUCAAAAGACUUUAAAACUACGGCCCACUUUUGGGUUGGCUAAUGUUUGCCUGGCCGAGAUGCAGGCAGAACUUGGCCAAUACCAAGAAGCAGAGGAAAAUUUUCAGAAAGCACUGAUCACAAAGAACCGUGAUGAUCACAUAGGGCAAGAGAUUCAACUCCGUUACGGCCGUUUCCAAGAAUUUCACAAGAAAUCAGAUGACACAGCAAUCACACAUUAUUUAAAAGGUCUACAAGUAGAAGGAGCAGCUUCUGUCAAGGGAAACCUUCUCAAGGCUUUGGAGAAUUUGGCUGCAAGACGUGUUCACCAGAAUGUGCGUGUUGUGGAAAGCACCAGCCUGCUUGGGUUGGUCCACAAACUGAAAGGGGAAGUGAAUGAGGCCCUGCUGUGCUAUGAGAGGGCCCUGAGGCUCACUGGUGAAGUGAACUCUGUGUUUUGAAGCAGAGAUCACCACUGUGAAUUUAAUAUACUCGUAACUAAAUGCCCCAACAGUCUUAAGUAGUUGCUUUCUCAAAACUGUGCAAUUUGUUAACGCCAAGCAGCUAAAUGCCUUAUCUUCACGCAACCUGUCCCUCCCUAUUAAUCAUGUGUCUAGGAGAUUCCUUUCAUCACCACAUGUCUUCAUUCACUGACCAUGAAUGAUUUCUCCUGCUCUGAGGUGAACCAGCAAGAGUCACUUUCCUUAUGACUGUGCCUUUGGAAUGGAUGCCUUCUAUCCUCUGCCUGCUGGUAUCUCCCUAGACAAAGAAGAUUUCAUCAAGGAAACCUUUUUUCCUGUGACCAGAACCUCUGACCUGCAAUAAAAUCUAAGAGCAAAACAAAAGAGCAAA